UGGCGGCGACGGUGCGUUUAGCACGGGCACAUUUAAUGCUACUACUUUUGUUUUUAAUUUUACAGCUUGUUUCAGGUUUUAUCCUUGACAGCGAUGACUACCACAGGCGGGUGUCUCUGGAGUUGAACCCGGGUCUGAACUCUUCGGUGCCACCUGGUGUCAGCCUGCUGCACAUACAGGCACGAGGGGCCAACGACACCCUGCACUUCCUUUUCUGCAGUUUGGGUGCCCCCACUCUGCUGCUGGUGCACACCAACUCCACCUCCUCCUCUGUGAAGGUGGACUGGCCUCAGUUCCUCUCAAAAAAUGAUUCCGGCAGCCUGCAGGUGGAGCCAAGGAGCAGUGUGCAGUAUAGCAGUGCGCUGGUCUUUACUAGGCUGUGGGAGUACGAGGAUGUCAAUAACACAGCUGACCCACAGAAUAUGCCCUCCUCCAGCUUCUUUCCCCCCUAUGAGCUUCAGAGUUUCACCUGGGGGGAUCUCAAUAAAACCCUGAACAGUACGGCCCAUACUGCCCAGCUCUGUGGAGGAGAUGGCACCUCAAGCUUCAGCAACGGCUCCCUCUGCCUGACGAUCUCCGCAUUUGAGUCUGUGGGUCGUGACCAUAUCUGGCCCCGCCUUCUCCACAAUGCUAACUCCUCUCAGAUCCAUGUGUGGCUGAAGGGCGUGACAGCAAGGUCCAAUUACUCUCGCUUCUCACUGGAGCUCCAGACCGUGGGAAGCAGGGAGCUUCCAAGCCGAGUGGAUGUAGUGAGAUCGAUCGAUGAUGAGUACACGCCAUCCAUAUUCCAGGUCUCUGAGUGGGUUUCCUCGCCUGUCAACUCUACAUCCCCUGUUCUGGGAUACAGUCAGUGGAAGCCGGUGGCCUAUCGCACUGCGGCCCACAUUUUGGAGGGUGCCACACCCUGCCGGCACUCUAGCCCCCAGCCCAUGGCUCAGCUGCCCCCCUCUGGCCUCGUCAAGGCAUAUUUUGGAGAUGGGUACCAGACCAGUGGCCUGAACAUAACGUUCGGCAUCGCUGGAGACCCCUUCUAUAGCGUCACCAACUACCUCAGCUGGACUGUAAUGGUGGGUCUGGGAUCCCCUCCCGUCGACUCCUUCUCCCCCCUUGUUAUUGUCAUCAUGGCAGUGGGACUGGGCACUCCCUUGGUUCUCAUACUUCUGGGUGGAGUCUGUGUAUGUAUUCGCAAGAGACAGGCGGAGCCACUGGCCUACGAGCCAAUCAACUGAUCCCAGCCCCACCCACUCUGCAGCACAGACUCUUUACUGCAAAAUCCCUUGCCCCUCCCACUAUAACACGGGUCAUCUUCUAAUAACCAGGACAGUCACAAACAUCCAUCACAUGACAGCCUGAGACACAUAAUAAUAAGACAACAUGCUGGAUGUGUUGUAGGCCUUAGCAGCCAAUAAACAAGGCCCAUCUGCUCUGUCAAGGCAGCAGAGAGGUGAAACAUGUAUGCAUGAAUGGAACGAUUCUAUCAUACAAGACUGCACGAAACAUCCACCAACAGUCUUUCAGAACCACUCCAGGGUUUGAAAUUAGACUUUUUAUAGCACAUGUCCUUUGGAUGAAAGGAUUUGCGGUUCUUGUUCACAGAUGCAAGUCAGCUAUCAGAACAUUUUCAGUGUGUGUUUUGUUUUAUGCAUUUGAUGUUUUAUUGUCAUUCUGUGGAGUUUUUUGUUGCAGAAAACAAAUUGGCUUUUAAUUUGAUUCAAGCCCCUUAUAUGUAGCUCUAUAUGGUUUAAGUUUUCCCUCUUCGAAAUGAUGAAAACCGAUGAACUGGCAUGCAUUUUGAUGCAUGGAGAUGAGAUUCACCCUCACUGAAGCUUGAAACCCACAACAUUCCAAUUUUUUUGAACCACUUUUAAAAUAUUUUUAUUAUUUUUUAGCAUCCCAUGCCACUGUUUUUGGAGGAAUUGUUUUAUUUUGGGGAAAUCUGUGAUAGAUGUAAAUAUGAUGAAAUAUGCAGAUGGAUGGAAAUAAGGAAGUGGAGGAUAAA